CAUACCAGACAGAAGUGGCAAGCGCUAAUCGGAACUAGCCAUCCGAAAAUACAAGUGUGCAGAGAGAUUGUAGACCGAGAAUUGCUGUCCCGUUGUCAGCACGACGUGCCCUCAUAUAUUGGCUCAAACAGCACUUCUUCGACGUUCCAAGAAUCCAUAAAACAUGGAAAGAGUUGUGACACCCGAAAAGCGUGAGCAGAUAUUGCAGCAGAUGCAAGCACAGUUGGUGCAAAUGAUGGGAAGUGUGGAGGGCAUGGACCAGCAUGUUCGUACCUGGGAGGCUCAAGCUUACGAAAAUUCGCGUGGGAUAGAGAGAGACUACAUUGCCAGGAUGGCAAACCGGCUCCAGAAGAUUGAGAAUAAGUUGCAGGAGCAGCAGCAACAACAACAACAACAACAACAACAGUUGCAGCAGCAGCAGCACUUCCAGCAGCAGCAGCAGCAAUUCCAGAGCCCUCAGCAGCCAGUCCUUCAGCAAACAUACCAGGCACAGCCCCAGAGCCGCUUUGCACAGCCAAGUCCUCAGCAGAACAACCAGCUGCAGCAAAAUCAGUAUGGCCAGGUUGUGACAUCUGUUCCAGGAAGCAGCCAGGGCGCUGCCAGGAUGCAGCAGCAGAGCUAUGCGAAUUAUGCCAUGCACAACGCCCAUGCAAGGCAACAACCACAGCAGCAAGCACCCCACAUGGAUGUGCAGCACAGCAUGGGCCCUGACAGUGAGAUCUUUGCUGACAUGGCCCACGCCUUCAUUCUGGGGCCCUCUGAUGUGUCACCCCAGGAGCCACCUCAGCAGCAGCACUUCCAGCAACAAUCUCACCAACGGCAGAACAUGAGCUACGGUGUUGGCAAUCAGUCAUAUUCACCGGGGCCGCCACCAGCCAUGCAGGCAUGGCAGCAACCGCAGUACAGCAGCUACGCCAGCCCGCAGCAAUACCAGCCGCCGCAGCAUUCGCAGAUGCAGUAUCAGCAGACCGGCUCGCCAAUGCCGGCAGGCUAUGGCAUGCAGCAGCAACCCGGCGCGCAGCCGUCAUCAAUGUACUCUGCUCAGCAGCAGCGCCCGCAGAUGCAGCCGCAGCAGCAGCAGCAUGGCGUUGCAGCGUCACCCAAGGCCGCGGCGGCGGCAGCGGAGGCACAUUGGGUGCUGCUGGAGGAGAUGCGGGGGGAAUUUUUGGGGGACCUGGAGGACUAUGCGCGGCUCCUGCGCACCGCCGAGCGCGGGCCGCAGCCCUCCGAGAAAAUGGCCAAGCUCGUCAACAUCAUCGCCCGCCUCUCGCUGAAGCGGGAGGAGAACGUGGGCCGCCAGUUCAGUGCAAAGGAGGUGCAGGGGCUGCAGAGCCUGCAGCAGCAGCUGCGCCUGUACGUGGCCAAGCUUCGCACCAUGCUCGAACCCUACCGCAAGCAGGCACGCCCACAUGCAUUGCUUUGUGCCAUAGUUGCACCAUACGGAUUCGGCCAUUCCGCAUACGCGAGGUCUCAUGCGCAGCAGAGGAGACAGGAGGCUGAGGCACGCCAGGUGCAGCAGGGGCAGGGAGCAGGCACGCCAUCGCAGACGCAGCCCGGUCCCCCCGCCCCCAGUGCAGCCCCGCUCCAGGGCGGGAGACAGGCUCUGGCGAGUUAUACCCCUAGGAGCAUGCCCACGCCCCCUGGCACUUCACCCGGCGAUGGGAAAUUAGAAUUGCCGGUGACAGAAGGAGCGGCGAAGGCUGCAUGGGAGGAGGGAACGCUGACGCCGGGGCAGCGCCUGAUCAGGCAGCUGGCGGCCUCGCGCCCCGGCGCCGUCGCGGCUGCGGCCGGCUCCGCGGCGGCCGUCGCGAUGCGCGAAGGGUCCGACAUCGCAUCCCCACCCCUGCCGCUCCGCCUGAGGCCGGCUGGCACUCUCUCCGAUGACUCCUCACACCCGCAGGAGCCGAGGCUGGUGCGCUCAGUGAAUGUGGCCAAGGAGAGUGAGCCGACAUCUCCCGACAGCGUGCUGGACCUGAGGGCAGGCUACAAGCGCAAGCGCACAGAGCAGCAGACCCAAGACCUGCAGCUGCUGCGGCACAAGAUCCAGGCAGAGUGCUCGCAGAUGAUUGAAGUAUUGCGCGUGCUGCCGCCGCAGCUGGAAGCGAAGACAGGGGCAAGCUUCGACAUUCAGGAGUGCGAGGACGUGGAAGGGGCGCUCAUUGUCGCCGCCACCGUGCCGGCAGUCGCAGCGGCCGCGGCGGAUCCGCGUCCCGGGGGCGGCGCUCUCAGCCUCGGCCCGGGCGUCCGGACGCUGCGCAUGCGCGUCGAUGACGCCUACCCGGCCAGGCCGCCGACGCUGCUUUUCCCUGAGCCGGCAGGAGCUGUGAGCUCCAACAGUGCACAGGAGGGUGCGAUCCGAGGAGCGUUUGAGGUGGCCGUUACUACCAAGGCGCAAGCUGACCCCUUGGACAUCAAGCUUCUGGCUGAGCAGUGGGCGGCAACUCUGGUGAAUACUGAACAGAUGGUGGCGGGGGCAGUGCCAUAAUGAUAUAGAACUGGUACUGGAUUUCUGAUGCCAACUUGGCGCACUGCCCAAUUGAAGCGACAGGCGACAGGCCAAGUCCAGAUUGCCACUGGGUGUCAAGAUUGCAUGCAAGCCAUCUUUCAAGCGCUUGCAAAAUUUAGGGUCUCGUCCGGCCUUUUGACAGCAUCUUAGGAAUGCAUUUGCCGUUUACAUGAACAGCCUGAACAGCUUGAGAGCAAGCAUUCGAUGGCCAGGUACCUAGCUAGGGACUGCUGUCCUGAGAAGUGAUUGUGUGUGUGUCACAUCGGUCCAAUUGGCUCUUGCAAGGGGUUGUGUUGAGUGCACCAUGUGGGGUUGACCCAGUCAGGCUCCCCCAUAUUCUUUGCACACAUUUGCUGUUGGCAAGCCGCGCUUUCAAAGUCGGAUUUAGUGUAAUCACAUUGG